CGGGGUUCCCAAUUGAUGUCAUUCAACCCUGCACGUGUAUACAGUAAUAAAUCUCCCAACUGUUACCACUCACUUUAUCCACAACCACCACUCUCUCCUCACACAUCACGGCCUGCCAACCUUUCGCCUUUUGCUCAAACACCUGCCCACGCCCUCCAUCUCUGUCUGUCCUGUCCGCGCGGGCCACGAGCCUGCAUACCGCCGCCCAUCAUGCCCUCCAUCGCCAUCGCUGCUCCUCCCGAGCGCUCUCGUGAUCUUGACAUCCACGACAGUGACACUGCCUCUCCUUCUCCUUCACCGUCACCGUCACCCUCGGCCACGGCCACGCCCUCUCGCUCCUCAUCGGCCUCGGCCUCGUCCUCCCGCCACUCCCGUGACCACCACGGCUACUGCUGCGGCAUCUUCGCCCCCGUUGACGUCGAGUCCUGCUUCUCCCACCACCACCACCCGACCAGCGGCAUCGGCCCCGGCACCACCUUCUGGACCGCCCCUCUCCUCGGGCCCUUGCUCUUCUCAAACGACUCGUCCGACGCCCGCGACCACGCAGCCAACGAGCGCACUUUCCUCAGCUACCUCCGCCUCUCCAUCUACAUGGCCGUCGUCGCCGUCGCCAUCACCUUGUCCUUCCACCUCAAGUCCCAGGCCACCGACGUCGAGCUGCGCAUGGCCCGGCCCCUCGGCCUCAUCUUCUGGCUCCUCGCCGUCGCCUGCCUCGCGCUCGGCUUCGGCAACUACGUAAACACACUCAACAAGUACUCUCGCAAGGCCGCCAUUGUCCAGACCGGCUGGCGCACGCAAUCGGUCAUGACCCUCAUCGGCCUCGCCAUCGUCGCAACCUGCAUAGUCCUCCUUGUCGUGACAAAGAUCAAGGUAGAUCUCCAGUGCGACUCGCUCUCCCGCGGCGUCUCGGCGCUCGUGUUCCCCGAGGCCUCUGCUUCUAGUGCUGCUGCCACCUCAUCCUCGCGUGCCUCGCUCGCUGCCGCUGCCGCCAGACACGCCGCCGAUGUCCGGUGCGCGGACAAGUUGAGGGGCCUCGCUUCCUCACUAUGGAGCAGCAGCAGCAGCAGUAGUAGUAGUAGUAGUAGUAGCGGCGGUGGUGUCUCGGUUGAUGGGCUCGUCUGAAGCCGCAAUGCUCCAUUGCGAAGGGGUUUCCGCGAGGGAAAGGAAUACGGGAGAGAGAAGCGGGUGAGCCCUGUCCUCAGCGAAGCAUAAUCUGUUGUUCUUUUUUUGAUUUCUUAGCUUGUUCUUCCUCAGGCCGUGUGUUACGGCUAGCAUUGAUACCCCGCUUCCUCUCAUCAUCAAAAUGUACAUGUUGUAUCUACUUUCAUCACAAGAGAGCACUGAUCGAGUUCGCAAAGCCCGGACUAGAUCACCCCUUCGUGGGUACGACUGCUGGAGCGAGGC